AUGCAACUCUUAUCGAAGGCCUCAGCCCCGGCAACGCUCGUCGGCCUCCUCCAUCUUGCCGCCAUUGCAAACGCGGGACCGUUCGCUUUCGUGGAGAAUGUUUUCGAGAGAUCAUGUGCGAAUCCUUGUGGAUGGAAUCGACAGCUUUGCUGCAGUGCUAGUCAAGCUUGCUCUACCAACGCUGCCAACCAAGCAGUGUGUGUGGAUGGCGCUGGUUCCGGCGGCGGAUCAUGGCAAUACUUUACGACAACCGAAGUUGACCAGUCAACCAUCACCACUAUUUACAGCAGCUGGGUGCAGGCACCGGCACCUACUGCGACCUCCACAGGCACUUGUAGGCUCGGCCUCGGCGAGUCAACAUGCGGGUCCAUUUGUUGUGACGCCGCACAGGAAUGUGUGGAUGGUGAGUGUGUCACCGCCAGCUCGUCAGUCGCGGUGACUGGAGCUGAGGCCACUCCCGGUGUUCGAGCAACCAGCAGCGGGGAGAGCACCGUUACUCAGACCGUUGCCCCCACUACUACACAAGGAUUCAUCGCCCCCGUCGGUACUGACGGUGCAGAUCUGAUCGGGGUCAAGGCCGCCGGCAGCAGUGGGUUGAGCGGCGGUGCGAUCGCCGGUAUUGUGAUCGGUUCAAUUGUCGGUGUCAUACUUCUCCUCCUACUGUGCGGCUGUCUAUGUUUCCGCGGGGUCCUGGAAGGUCUCCUUGCGGCAUUGGGACUUCGCAAGCGUCGCAGACGUGAGACUUCAGUUGUCGAGGAGCGAUACUCCCACCACUCCCAUGGCAGCCGACCUCCGCCCGCCAAACGCACAUGGUUCGGAGCGAAGCCUGCAGUUGAAGGUACUGAAAGCGAGGUGGGCGAGAAAAAGUCCAAGUUCAGCUGGGCCAAGAUCGCUAUUAUUCUUGGAGCGCUAGCCCUAUGCCUCGGAUUGAAGCGACGCAAGGACCAAGACGACGAUGAUGCCAAGACGGACUACACCUACCCAAGCUCCUAUUACUAUUAUUCGGAUUACACACAGAUCAAAGCUCUGGUGGACGCACAAGAGACACACGGCGAUCUCGCCAAUCCCGGAGAAGCUCAAGGCGCUGAGGGGCACACAGGCAAUGAGGCGAUGUGCAUUUCAAGGUCAUGGCUGCAGCUUGGGCCUUUGAAGAUUGUCUGA